AUGGAUUCGUCAGAUGAAGAGUAUUUCGCUUCAUCAAGCACCAUUAACUUUUUAAUGGGAACAGGAAGAGAGUUUGCCAUUCAUCCAAUAAACCGUAACCGGAAACGCGAUGGGGAGUUUUACAGGCUAUACGAUGACCUACGUGAAUAUCCGGAGAAGUUUCGUUCAUUCACUAGAAUGGACAUGGACACUUUCGAUGUGAUUUUGAGUUUGAUUGAAAGGAAACUGAUGAAAAAUUGGACAAACUGCAAUAGAGAACCGAUUUUACCCUGUGAACGGUUGAUUAUCACUAUCAGAUUUCUAGCAACUGGAUCAUCGUUUACUACUCUCGGAUUUUCGUUUCGUAUGGGACGCUCAACGGUUGCAGCGAUAGUUACAGAAACGUGUCAGGUUUUAUGGGACACCCUCCAGCCCAUUUACAUGCCAGCACCAACCGAGCAAAUGUUCAAAUUAGUGGCGGAUGAAUAUUGGCAAAAGUGGAAUUUCCCGAACUGUAUCGGUGCGAUUGACGGCAAGCACAUCCGAAUGAGAUGCCCACCUGGUUCCGGUUCAAUGUACUACAAUUAUAAAGGGUACCAUUCAACCGUUUUGCAAGCCGUCGCAGACGCAAACAGUAAGUUCUUGAUGGUGGAAAUCGGUGGAUACGGUAAGCAGAGCGAUGCUGGAACGUUCAGCUCUUCUGAUAUGUAUCAACUUUUGAUCAAAGGAAAACUUAAUGUUCCACCAGAUGCUUUACUACCCGAUAACGAACUAACCAUGAAAAUGCCAUACGUCUUUGUUGGCGACGAAGCAUAUCCAUUGGUACGACACUUGAUCCGUCCAUACCCACGAAACCAGUUGACUACUUCACUUGCGUAUUUCAACUCAAGGUUGUCAAGAGCAAGAAAAUGCGUUGAAUGUGCGUUCGGCAUAAUGAGCUCAAAAUGGAGGAUUCUAUUGAAACCUAUUGAGACAUCACCAAAACUUGGUGAUGAUAUAGUCAAAGCGAUAUGUAUCCUUCACAACGUGAUUAUUGACCAUGAAGGAGUCAGCUUACAGCUGGAAGAGGCCGCCGAUUACAUUGGGAGGAGAACCGACAAUGUAUCAACGCCUCCUAGCAAAAUCAGUACAAAUUCUGGACGUUUUAUUCGCGACUAUUUCAAAGGAUUCAUGACCAGAAAUACACUAUAA